AAUCUGUGUUAAUUAAAAUAUCUGAAAAUAUUGAUAUAUCCACAAUUAAUGGAAUGUAUCUCUAUCUUUAGAGCUAUGAUCUUGACCGCUGCUGUGGGCGGCGUGUGCGCGACGAGCAACUGUGUGUCGGCAUUAUGAUUGUACGCUUAUUAUUAUGGCCGCAUACGAAGUAAUUUCCAAGUUACUUUUCAGUUGAGCGCUGGAACAGCUGGAAGAACGUAGCGACCAGAUCGCCAGCAGUAUCUACUGUCUGAUUCCGAUUCGCGUUCUCAUUCGCGUUCUCGAUUUAAGUCGUUAAUUGUUGCGCUAAGUGCUCUGCUUUGUGAACUGACCUCUCGAGCACUUGUUGUUGACAUCUCCACGUAGCGCGGUUGUGAAAUUCUGUGAAGUUCUUCUGCUCAAAUCUUCUAAUUGAAGUUUUUAGAUUGUCAGUCUGCGUUUUGCAUCUGCAUCUUAGUGUUUAGUGAUCUUUGGAGAUUGUAAGCUUAACUUACAGACUUGUAUGUACAUUUAUAAAUUUGCCGCCGCUCUCUGGCGUAUCUAAUUCCAAUGGUCACGAUUAGCAGUAGUAAAUGGGAGUGUAAAUGAAAGAGAGCGAGCUUUGCAUCGAACAGCUGUUUGGGGAGCAAGAGCUUUGGGGUUUAUUGCUCUUUGCGUGAGCACUGCACUUUCCAGAGAGAGACAGAGAGGAGGGAGAGCGAGUGAUAGCGAGAGUGGGGCAAGUUUCGUUAUCAGCGCAAAGUACGAUUCGUAGAUAAGAAAAAGUCGGCGGCGGGUGUUAAGUCACUUACAAAAUUUAUCGCUUCUUGGCUGUGUUCGCAAUCGGAUGGAAACCCCAGAGAAACCAGUGCAACGCGGAGUGAAAUAUAACUAGAAACAGGCGCAACCCACACUCGCCAUGAACAAGCUAAGGGCCCUGUUGCCCGGCCAACAUUCUUCCACGAACGGGGCUUCCAGGCACUCUGUGGCCCUGGAACCGGAGAUCGGUUUCCAGAUCACCAUUGACAAUCCCAAGAAUAGUGACCAGUUCAAGAAUUCCUCAGCCGUUCCAGAACUGAAUGUACAUUUGAUUGCCGCCCGACAUCUGCCAUCGCUGUUCGGCUUCAAGAUCGUCCAGGGGUAUUUGAUAAAGGUAAAGCUAUUUCCCGGAACGAAACGCAUGGACAGCAGUAUUCAGACCAACACGUGGCCAAAGUUCAAUGAAAAUUUCAAGUUUCCCCUGGUGCCCGAUAUCAAAUCCUCCAUGAAGCAUGUCGGACGGCGCUCUACACCGGCAAAUGGUCAGGUGAACAGCUCUGAUCCGGAGCCGGGAGACCUCUUCUCCGGACAGUUUGUGGUCUUUACGGUCUACGCCUUGCUGGAACUUCCGGCCGCAAACUUCAAUCGUUUUAAUAAGACCUACCGCUCGCUGAAAGACAAGAGUACCAGCUUUGUUCAGCGUUUUAUGGAUCCUACUUCCGGAACUGCGGAUGCAUCUAAAGCCGAGAAUGGAGGAGGCAAGUCCAAUACUGACCAGGUCAAAGGGAAGAAGUCUGAAAAUGCCAGAGAUGCCAUGCCACCUCUUACCAUCAGUGAAUCACGCAGGAAUAUUGGUUCCGUCACCUGCUACCUGGAACCCAAGCUAUUCGAGCGCAAUAGCCGAACGGGGUGUUAUUCGACGGAGGAGCUGUGGCUGCCCAUUAAAGAUAUCACCACAACGGUGGCCAAGUCAUCGCCGAGCAAUAACAAUCUGACAAACUCUGCCAAGGGUGUGGUGGAGCUGGCCCUUGAGGUGCGUGAUCUCCUGGAAUGUGACUCAACCGCCGUGGAUCCCUCAACGCCUCCUCCAACACCCACAAGUCCAACCACUCAGCCGACUCCAACUCCCAGCUCAAAUACUCCAUCGGUGAAUAAUUGGCAACGGAUGACCGCCGAAGUGAAGCGAAAGAUGGGCAUGAGUAAUGUGAGCAACUCUGAUGCCGGCAGAUACUUGCUCCGACUGACCACCACGCGGAUGCGAUGCUCCAACAAGGUCAAGGACGAACUGGAGGCCACGGCCAGUUCGGGGGUGUAUGUGAAGACCACUGCCUUUGAGCAUGGCAUCUACAUCGAUGCUUGGAAGUCACCUGUCUUCUUUCCCUCGCUCUCCACCAAAUGGGACGAUGGCUCCGGCGAGGGUACCAUAGACAUUCCACUCCAGAGACUUGACCAGCUGGAGGACAUUGUUGUUCGCAUCACGUUGGCCACCAAGAAGAUGGGCAAGAAGCUGGUCCUGGGCACCGUCAUAGUGGGAGGAGAUCAGGCCGGCGACACGGGCUCCGAGCAGAUGCGACUCAUCCGGGAAUCCCCGCCAGGACAACGGGUAGCAGCCUGGCACUGCUACCACUAGGACCUGCUGCUCCUCCACCAUGGCAAUGUAAAUAGCAUCAUCACCUUUAGCCCCUGCGCAUGCUGUAUGUACGAGUAUUUACUUUUCGAUCGUUAAAAAAUAUUAAAUUUAAUUGCGAAUUGUAAAAUGCUUCUUUGGGAAAGUUUGGCUCAUUUCAACGUCGACGACGUGUAACACACAGUUUAUUGCCAGCGUAAUGGCAGUGAUCAGACAGAGAAAAAUCCUAUAAUACAGUUGGGUUUGAUAUUACCCGCUAAAGUAUUAGUAUAAGACUUAAAAAUCAAACUCUAAAGAAAAAUAUA